AUGCCCAAGGGGUACUUCGCGGUGUACGCCGGGGAGGAGUCCCAGCGGUUCGUCGUGCCCACGGGGUACCUCCGGGAGCCAGCAUUUCGGGACCUCAUGGAGCACGCCGCCGAGUUCGGCUUCACGCAGGCCGGCGGCGCGUGCCGUGCACCCAGGAUGACUUCGAGGGUAGACAAGGCAACAAAAAUCCGCUGCCGGGCUGCGGCCGCCCCGCUGCCGGGCGGCCUGGGAGGCCGGUCUGCCGGGCGACCGGCCGCCAGGGACCCGUGCUCGCUGCCAACGCCGACGCUGACGCCGCCCGCGCCCUCGCCCUGCACCAGCGUUCGCCCGUGUCCUCCGCUCCCCUGCACUGCAGCACGCGCCGGCUGCCCCGCCGCCGCCCGGGCCCUCGCACCUCCGCUCUUGCAGCACGCGCCGGGCCACCGCCGCUUCGCCGAGCGCCGGAAGCCGGUCGGCCCCUCCUCCCCCACGCCGGUGGCCACGCCCCCUCCUCUUCCUCGCCGGCGACCGCACCCUCGCUCCUCCCCACAUCGGCGGCCGCGCCCUCGCUCCUCCCCACAGCUGCGGCCGCGCCAUCAUCGAUCCCAAGCUCGGCGGGGAGGAGAAUCCCGAGGCCGAGGUCGUGGAGCUGCAGACCCAGACCGCGCUGGUGUUCCUCUUCUUCUUCAAGUCCAGCUGGUCCGCGUGGUUGCUGGUGUUCCUCUUUUGCGUCGGCGCUAUCCAGUAUUUUCCAGGGAAUGGAAUACGUUGCAUCAUCUCUUGCCAUAUGCCAUGGAUGCAGAGAGCUCCUACCACGGCUCAAUACAUGUGAGACGAUUUGUCCCCAGAGAACGUGUUGAUAGAGAGGCAAGAAUCAUAUGCCAAUACUUUGCUGCCAAUCCUAUUUACACCCUUAAAAAGUUUCGUGAAAGGUUCCGUAUGAAGCGUCAUGUGUUCAUCCGCAUUCUUAAUGCAGUUCAGUCUGUGGACAGCUACUUCCAGUAAUGCGAGGAUUGUACUAGGCUUUUAGGAUUGAGUGCUUUGCAGAAGGUGGUAGCCGCAAUGCGCAUACUGGUGUAUGGUUUGCCGUUAGACGCCGUUGAUGAGUAUGUGCAAAUUGGCACGUCAACUGCUCGUGAGGCUCUUAACCAUUUCUGCAGUGCUGUUAUAGCUGCCUUUGGGGAGGAAUACUUGCGUUCUUCAAACCCUGUCGAUGUGGCUCGUCUACUGCAAGAGGGUGAGAGAUGAGGUUUUCCGGGUAUGCUUGGUAGCAUAGAUAGUAUGCACUGGGAAUGGCGGAACUGCCCUACUGCUUGGAAGGGCAUGUUCACUGGACGCGGGAAGCACCCAUCCAUGAUCUUGGAGGCUGUAGCAUCUCAUGACCUUUGGAUAUGGCAUGCCUACUUUGGCCUUCCAGGUAGCUGCAAUGAUAUCAAUGUUCUACAGAGGUCGCCUAUUUUCUCAGCAUAUAUCCGAGGAGAGUCACCUCCUGUUCACUUCACUGUCAACGGACGGACAUAUGACAUGGGGUACUACCUUGCAGAUGGUAUAUACCCUGAUUGGCCAGCAUUUGUCAAGAGUGUUCGCCAUCCUAUGGAGAGGAAGACACAAUGUUUUGCUGCUGUGCAAGAGGGUGCGCGCAAGGAUAUUGAGAGAGCUUUUGGUGUUCUUCAAGCUAGGUGGGCAGUAAUCUGUGGGCCGGCUUAUGGAUAGGACAGGGAGCAGCUUUCUGAUAUUAUGACCGCUUGUAUUAUCAUGCAUAACAUGAUUGUCGAGGAUGAGAAGUCUGAGGCCAUCAAUACCAACUUCGACAACAUUGGCAGACAAGUCAAUCCUUCAGGUGGAAAUGUAGCGGAACGGGAAGCAUUUGUAGCAGCAUAUCACAAGUUGCGUGACCAAGCUCGGCAUAUCCAACUUCAGAAGGAUCUCAUCGAGCACAAUUGGAUGCGAUAUGGUUCAACCUAGUUUUUUCUUUUUCUUUUGCUUUAGUUGUAAUGUGUUUACUGUAUGAAUGUAUCUGUGUCCUGCCUGAGUUAUAGUAGAGUCUGUAGUGCAGCUAUCCUAAGUUCUGCUACUGGUAAUGCAGCAUUUUUUCAGUUGCUAGUGUAAAAUAAUGGUUGAGAUGAUUUUCUGCUGCUGCUUUUUUAUGACAAACUGUUGGAGAACAUAUUUUUUUAUUUGAAUGGUAGCAGAUAUGAUUUUUGUUGGAGGAA